CUAAACAUGUCAUAUAUUUCCUUCUCCAGGAAAAAAUGUUUUUUUCUUUGUGGGAGUUCUUCUAUGGGCACUUUUUUCGAUUUUGGAUGAAAUGGCUCUUACGACAGAUGACUGGAAAGUGUGAAUUGCAGCGAAUUUUUGAUACCUAUGUAGGUGCACAAAGGACACACAGGAUAGAAAAUUCCUUGACAUACUCCAAGAAUAAGGUUUUACAGAAAGCGACACUUGUUGUUCAGAGUGACGUGGACAAAUGUGUAGAAGAUAUAAUGAAGGAAAAGAAUAUUAACCCUGAGAAGGAUGCCAGUUUUAAAAUCUGCAUGAAGGCAUGCUUACUACAGAUAUCUGGUUAUAAACAGCUCUAUUUGGAUGUAGAAAGUGUGAGAAAAAAGCCGUAUGAUUCUGAUAACAUGCAACAUGAAAAGCUGCUUCUCAAGCUUUGGAAUCUUCUGAUGCCUACGAAAAAGUUGAAGGCUAGAAUCUCCAAGCAAUGGGCUGACAUUGGUUUCCAGGGUGAUGAUCCCAAAACAGACUUCAGAGGCAUGGGCAUACUUGGAUUAAUCAAUCUUGUGUAUUUCAGUGAAAAUUAUACCAGUGAAGCUCAUCAGAUUCUUUCCCGUUCAAAUCAUCCAAAAUUAGGGUAUUCUUAUGCAAUAGUUGGAAUCAAUCUUACAGAGAUGGCUUAUAGCUUGCUGAAGAGUGAAGCUUUGAAGUUUCAUCUCUACAACUUUGUUCCUGGUGUGCCAACAAUGGAACACUUUCAUCAGUUUUAUUGUUACCUUGUCUAUGAAUUUGAUAAGUUUUGGUUUGAAGAAAAGCCAGAAAGCAUUAUGUACUUCAACAUAUAUAGAGAGAAGUUUCAUGAAAAGAUUAAAGGACUUUUACUGGAUUGUAAUGUAUCACUUGCUUUAAAGAUAUAAAUCAUCCAUUGUAUCUUCUAUUUCUACCACAUGUUGCACACACUACAGAAUUUAUCUGUUAUAAUAGAAAUUAUCUGAUCAAUUACACUUCUUAUAUAUAAUUUCCUACAAAAAUAUUUCAGAAAUUCUAUUUAAGAAAGCUAGUGGACAAUCAGUGUAUGUUUACAGUUGUUUAUACACUGUCCUCCAAAGGUACGUUGUCCUUCCAAAGAACCACUCUGUGAGUCACUGAACUACAGUUUGGAACUUGGGAUUUAGCCCAUUUAGUGUCAAAGUACAAAUCAGGUAUUUGUAUUAAAUUGGUUGAUUAAAAUGUGUAAAAGUCAGUUUUCAUUUUUAUGUGUUGUAGCUGUCAAGAUAGUAUCUUUUCAAAGCUCUUUUAAGAUUUUUUGGUUUUCAGUUUGGAAAUGAUUGUUUUUUAUUUUCUUUGUCUUAUUUUAUUUCUAGGUUAAUUAACAGGGAGAGUCGUUCUUCCUAGUUUUCUUUGUUUUCAUCUCAAUCACAUAUCAUAAUGUUGCUUCAUUAGUAGCAAUGGGAACAUAGGUAUGUCAGAGAGGAUGAAGAAUCAUGGUCUCCUUUUUGGUUUCUCUGCUUAGUUAGCAUUACAGUUAAUGAGAGAAUGACAGUAUUGGUGCCUAGCUUUUUUGUUUUUAAAUACCACACUUUAAAAUGUCGUAGUGUUAUUUUAAAGCUUAAAGACAUUUUCCCCUCUUCAGUAUUUGCUUUUUAUCAGUUGUAGAAAAGAACCUUUGUAGUGCUUGAUGUGAGGGCCUCUUAUGAGGCCUCUCUACCUGUGUGUGUUUAUGAAAAGAGAUGUAUGUGCUAAGAAAAUCUUCAUUGUAUUCAAAGGACAGUUGCUAUUUCAAUAAAGCUGUCUUUGAACUUAAACAAGAGGAAAACUUAAAGCUUUUUAAAAAUCUUGCUUAAAUAUCAUUGGUUUAUUUGACUUACUGUUAACUCUUGCUUCUCUUUACUUUGACUCCAUAGUGUUUCUAGAUAAUGAUUUCUGGACUUUAUGGGUAUUCUUUGAGUUAAGGGUCUGUGGGAUUCUAAAGUAGCCUGAGGAUGAUGACUGUGCAU